AUGGGAGAGUCGGACCACUGUGUAAAGUCUCCAGAACACCCCAAAGACUCUCAAUGGGGUUUAGACGGGCUUUAUAAAACCUCUGGUCAGUACUGUGUUGAUCAACCUUCAAAAACUGAAACACUCAAAGGAAAGUCUGUCACCAUCCCGUGCCAAUUUGCAUUUCCAGAAUCAGAGAAGAGUAUCAACUCCUCAAGAUUUAUUGCGAGAGCAGCGCCAUAUGACGUAUACUGUAAUGAAGACAAAAAUAUUUAUGACUCAGAUACAAAAGAGAUCUCCUCCAAGUAUCAGGGAAGGCUGAAUGUGAGAUUCGAUCUAAACCACAGAAAUGCUUCAAUAACCAUCAUCAAUAUAACAAAGGAGGACGAUGCAAAGUAUUGCUGCCGCAUACUGCUGAGUUUUCACAAUAUGAGUGAUCAGAAGUAUCAGUCCCCAGGCGGCACGCUGCUUAUAGUGAAAGAUGGGAAUGAGCCGAGUCUGGAGACAACGUCUGUUAUCUUUGCUGCUCCUGGAGACAAUGUGAAAAUUCUUGGUCACUUCACAAGUAACAUUGUAACAUUGGCCAGUAACAUUACCUGCCGGGGAGGACGGGCCGCCGGUGCUAAUACUGGAUGUGACCACAGCAGGAAUAAUGGCAUCUGCACUCAUCACAAUAAUAGUUUAUCCUUCCAAAUAAAUCGAGUUACCGAACCAGACCAAGGCUUUUAUUGCUGGAGCGUGGACAUUUCUACAAAUGAUGAAGCGAAAACCACGUACACCUAUCUUGGACCGCAGCUCCUUAUUACAGAUAAAACAAACAACCUAAAUAUCACUCAGCCGGAGGAAGUGGAAAUCCAUCAAUCCGCUACAAUCAAUUGCAGCUCUACUGUACAACAGCGCAAUGAUAUUCUACGGAUGGAAGUCUACUGGAUGACCGGGGAUUCUAGAGAGAGCUACGUCUACCAUCCAAACAUGGACUACAUACACCUCAAUUACAAGGGAAAGACCAGACUGGUGGACGGCUCUAAUCUUCAUAUAGAAGACUUCCAUGGGCCCAAUAACACCAUCAUCUACUGCCGAGUGAUAAUAAGACGAUGCUUGGCGCCACUUAAUAAAUAUAAUCCUAACCGCAUAGAAACAAUCGUAGAAGAAGGUCCUGGAACACGUUUAGUAGUGAAAGGAACGCGGGAGGCGGGGCAAGGGAAUGUUCGUGGUUUAAGGCAAGGAAGAGGGUGGAGCGACGUGACGUCAGCGGACCGGAGGCGGAACCACCCUCCGAGACGUCGGAAAGAUAUUGAGUCAAACCCACCUAAAGCACCAUCACCAACAUUAACAAUUGUACUUUGCGUGGUAGCUGUUUUCCUGGUCGUCUUCAUGACCUUGGCCCUCUACUUUUUGAAAAAAGGAGAUGUGAGGGCGCCGAUGGACAUACCACAGCCACAGAGGAGGGGAGAGACUAUUGUUGAGACGAUGGAGACGAUGGAGAUGUCAGACGACCAAAAAGGAGGGGAUGAAAUUUACCAACAGGCCAAUAUCGACCGAGAGCUGAAAGUAUGCACAUUGUCUUCUCAGAAUAAUCUUAGAAUGCUGCUCCAAAUCUACACUGUAACAUGUCACAUCCUUCUCUCUCAUCUCCUUCUACUCCACCACUGCCAUGGACAUCAGUGCAGACUGGACAUCUCGGAGCUUCAGGAGGUCAAACAGGCAGGAGAUAUAUUGAUAGGGGUUGUACUACCCCUUCACCUUGAUGCUUCUGUCCAAAUCAGCUCCUUCACUGAGAGGCCACCCAGGAUUACUUGCUCUGUAUUCCACUUUGAGAGCUACCAGCAGUUCCAAGCCAUGACGUUUGCCAUGGAAGAGAUCAACCAGCACUCCAGUAUUCUUCCCAAUGUGACACUUGGCUUCCAAGCUUAUGAUUCCUGCGACACUCUCCAUCUGGACCUGGGAAGCUCUUUACAAGUCCUGAGUGGGACCGGAAUGGCCAUUCCCAACUACAGGUGUCUCCCUGACAUUCCUCUAGCAGCCAUUAUUGGACCAGCAAUUUCCACCCACUCCAUUUUAUUGGCCCAUAUUCUGGGACUCUACAAAUACAAUCAGAUUAGUCAUUUUUCCACAAGCUAUCUACUCGGUGAUCGCAGAAAAUUCCCAUCCUUCUUCAGGACUGUUCCAAGUGAUGCCUUCCAAUCUCUUGGACUGGCAAAACUGGUGCUGCAUUUUGGUUGGACCUGGGUCGGACUGCUGGCUGCAGAUAGUGAUUAUGGUCAGCAAGGAAUCCAAUUGGUCAGACAAGAGUUACUAAAGGCUGGAGCAUGUGUGGCCUUCACCGAGAACAUCAUUAUGAAUGAUCAAGAUCGCAACGCGCAACACAUAGUCAAGGUCAUCCGAGCAUCAACAGUUAAGGUCAUUGUUGCAUUCUCCACGGACAUUGAACUCUUUGCUAUCCUAGAAGAAAUGCUGAGGCAGAAUGUUACGGAUAUAACAUUUGUGGCUAGUGAAGCUUGGUCUACAACAAGUAUACAUUCCAUUGAAAAAUACUCAAAGCUCUUGGCCGGCACUAUUGGCCUUGCAUUCUACAGUGGAAACAUUCCAGGACUUAAAACGUUUUUGCAUGCUAUCCAUCCAUCCAUGUCCUUGGGACGUGACUGGAUACAAACAUUUUGGGAGGAAGCCUUAGACUGCAAAUUUAAUACAAAUAGAAAUGCCACAGAUAUUUUGGACUCAGCAUUUAGAGAGUGCACAGGAGCGGAGAGUUUAGAAAAUAUCCACAACAGUUUUACUGAUGUUUCCAAUUUAAGGACCACAUACAAUGUCUACACAGCAGUCCAUGUUGUGGCCAAGGCUCUGGAAGAUUUAAAAAAUUGCAAUUUGCAGAAAGGGACAUUGUCAUUAAAUCGCUGUGCAAACAUCUACCAUUUCAAACCUUGGCAGCUCCUACAUUACCUGAAGAAAGCCCGUGUGAGCCUGAGUAAUGGGAAUGAAUUUUAUUUUGAUGAUAAUGGAGAACCACCUGCAAUCUAUGACAUUGUAAACUGGCAGCUGAGCCCAGAAGGGGCCAUGCGGCAGGUUAAGAUUGGCAGUUAUGCCGCGGCUCCCGUCCAAGUACUCACCAUCAACUCAAGCCUGCUGUUUUGGGCCUCUAAAGAUAAUCAAGUCCCUCUCUCAAUAUGCAGCGAAAGUUGUCCUCCAGGGUUCUGGAAAGCAGCCAGACAAGGAGAGCCUAUAUGUUGUUUUGAGUGUGUACCUUGUCCUCUUGGAGAGAUCGCCAAUAAAACCAACUCUAUUGAUUGCUCCAGAUGCCCAUGGGACCAGUGGCCAAACAGCCAGAAAUCGAAGUGUCUGCCAAAAAACAAAGAAUACCUCUCCUACGAUGACCCAUUGGGAACAAGUCUGAUGGUUAUCAGUGCCAUAUCCUCUUUAGUCCCUAAUGUUAUUUCCAAACUUUUCAUUAAACAUAAAGCCAGCCCGGUAGUUAAAGCCAACAAUUAUCACUUAAGUAUUCUUCUUCUGGUUUCCCUUACCUUCUGUUUUCUAACCUCUUUGGCAUUCAUUGGUUAUCCCCAACCUGAAAAAUGUCUCCUUCGACAGGCUACCUUUGGCAUGGUUUUCGCUAUAUGCAUCUCCUGCGUUUUGGCUAAAACUAUCAUGGUGGUCCUUGUUUUUAUGGCCACCAAACCUGGCUGCAGUUUUAAGAAAUGGACCACUCCACGUGUAUCCUACAUGAUCAUUUUGAUUGGAUUUUUGUUACAAUUUAUCUUGUGCAUAACCUGGUUGUCUCUUGUACCUCCAUUCCCGCAAUACAGCACACAUAUUCAAUCUGUAGUCAUCAUUGUUGAAUGUAACGAGGGUUCUCCCAUUGCCUUCUGGGCCAUGUUGGGUUAUCUUUUUCUCCUGGCCACUAUUAGUUUCAUUGUGGCCUUUCUGGCUCGAAGACUUCCUGACAGCUUCAAUGAGGCCCAGUUCAUUACCUUCAGCAUGCUGGCCUUCCUCAGUGUCUGGGUCUCUUAUAUCCCAGCAUCCCUCAGUGCUCAGGGCAAAUAUACUGUAACUAUGGAAAUCUUUGCUAUCCUGGCCUCCAGCUGGGCCAUGCUGAUCUGUAUGUUUUUGCCAAAAUGCUUUAUCAUAUUAUUUAGACCUAAUCUAAACUCUAAAGAGUAUAUAAUGAGGAAAAACAGAUUGAGAUGA